AUGAGACUGUAGAAGUUAGGAGAAUUUUCUAAUUUCUUUUGAAAAUGGCAUCUUUUGAAGCUUUGCACGAUUAUAUUAAAUCAAAAAACAAUUUUACGAAAUUUGUAAAUAGUUCUGAAGUCCCGCAAACUUGCAAAUCUGAGCCAUGCAUGCUCGGUGUCGAUGAAGCCGGCCGUGGUCCUGUUUUAGGGCCAAUGGUAUAUGGAAUAGCAUACUGCCCUAUUAGUCAAAAAGAAGUUUUACGAACCUUAGGAUGUGCAGAUUCAAAAGCGCUAACAGAAGAGAAGCGAGAUGAGAUUCUCCUCAAAAUGUUUUCAGAAGAAGAAGCAUUAAACAAUGUUGGAUGGAUUGCAGAAGUAAUAUCUCCAAAUUACAUUUCAAAUUCAAUGUACAGACGAGCUAAACAUUCACUUAAUGAGGUUUCAAUGAAUUCUGCAAUAAGUUUGAUUAAAAGAGCUAUAGAGUUUGGAGCUAAUAUUACUGAAGUUUAUGUUGACACAGUCGGCCCACCAGAGAAGUAUCAGGCUAAGCUGAGUGAAAUUUUCCCUGAUAUUAAAAUUAUUGUGGCGAAAAAAGCUGAUUCCAUUUAUCCAAUCGUAUCAGCGGCGAGUAUAGUGGCGAAGGUUACGAGAGACCAUGCUCUCAAAGUUUGGGAAUUCCACGAGGGCUUGGAAAUGAACCAUAAAGAAUUUGGCAGUGGCUAUCCUGGAGAUCCAUUAACCAAGAAGUUUAUACGAGAUCAAAUAGACAGAGUAUUUGGAUACCCUCUCUUGGUGAGGUUUAGUUGGUCCACGGCCGAGCUGAUGCUUCAGGAGAAAGCCGCUAAAUGUACAUUUGAAGAAAUUGAUGAUUCAACAACAAAGAAGUCAGCGGGAACAAAAUCCAUCAGUACAUUUUUUUCACCCAAAAAUGAAAAGAGAAGAAAACGGCAUAAAUUUUUCGAAGAAAGAUAUCUGACUAUUAAUAAUGUUUUUGAGUAAUUUUUUUUGUUUCUGACAAAUGAAAAAUAAAAUAAUUGUGAUAUC